GCAGACGCAGAGCUACCUCCGGGCGGAACCUCCCCGCGCCCGGGGCUCCUGCUUCCUAAACACCCGGUGCGAAAGGAAGGUGGCAGUGGCGCGGCGGGGCGCAUGCGCGGACAGCUCCGCCGGGGGAAGAGUUGAGGGGCGGACCGGCGCGGGCAGCUGGGAGCGGAGCGGAGCAGGGUCAGGAUGGAUGAGGACGUGCUGACCACCCUGAAGAUUCUCAUCAUCGGCGAGAGUGGCGUGGGCAAGUCCAGCCUGCUCUUGAGGUUCACAGAUGAUACUUUUGAUCCUGAACUUGCAGCAACAAUAGGUGUUGACUUUAAGGUGAAAACAAUUUCAGUGGAUGGAAAUAAGGCUAAACUUGCAAUAUGGGAUACUGCUGGUCAAGAAAGGUUCAGAACAUUAACUCCCAGCUAUUAUAGAGGGGCACAGGGUGUUAUAUUGGUGUAUGAUGUCACAAGAAGAGACACCUUUGUUAAACUGGAUAAUUGGUUAAAUGAAUUGGAAACAUACUGCACGAGAAACGACAUAGUAAACAUGCUAGUUGGAAAUAAAAUCGAUAAGGAAAAUCGUGAAGUUGAUAGAAAUGAAGGCCUGAAAUUUGCACGAAAGCAUUCCAUGUUAUUUAUAGAGGCAAGUGCGAAAACCUGUGACGGUGUACAGUGUGCUUUUGAGGAACUUGUUGAAAAGAUCAUUCAGACGCCUGGACUGUGGGAAAGUGAGAACCAGAACAAGGGGAUGAAGCUGACACACAGGGAAGAAGGCCAAGGAGGUGGGGCCUGCGGCGGCUACUGCUCUGUGUUAUAAACUCUGGGAAGUGCCAUCUCUUGCAUAUUUGAUCGGAUAGUGACAUCUUUCUGUACAUAAACUCUGUAACUGCUAUUCUAGGGACCUUGCGGUUUGCACAUACUUGUUUUGUAUCAUGGCAGUAAAUACUUGCGAGAAAUCCCACUCACCGACUUUCCCAGGUAACACGUUACGGUACGGCAUGCACAGUCUGCAGUUUUUUAUGUAGCAUAAGAUAGGUGUACCUUUAUAAGUACAUUUGAUUUUAUGAUUUACAUUCAUCAUGUGAUUUAAAAAACCCACCUAUCUAGUGUAUGUUGGUCCAAGGUCUACUCUUGGCCUCCUUUUCGCUUCAGUCCUCCUGUCAGUUACUGACGAAUCGGUACACAGCACUCCCAGGCCCACUGGGAGAUAAGCAGAUGUCGCCAAGCCUGGCCGGUUUCCCUUCAGGAAUAGCAAAGAGCAUGCUUCUACAGCUUCUCUAGGACGCUUGCUAAAGGGUCUCUUCUAGUUGUGAGCAAGAUUCUCUUGAUAGGUCGCAGUCCAGUCCAAUUUAUAAUUAAAUCUCUGUUCUGAUGAUGCUUCUAAAACCGCAUUUAUAUGUUAAAGAAGCUUGGUCUUACUUUAAAUUUACUUCAUUGAGUAGCUCAGUUGCUUAACUGGUGUUUUAAUUCUGUGAUUUGUACGUGGGCUUCAUGACCAUUGUUGCGGGAUUUCCAUUUACGUGGUAUUUGGCAGAAUGGCAAUAAGGUCUCCUCCCAUUUCGGUUUUGGAAGGACAGCAAUAGUGUGUUUUAUGUAAUUCAUGUAGUACUUAACACUUUAAAAACCAACGCCUUUUCCUGUGAACGUUGGUGGGGUUUGUCCAGGUACCUCGGUGGUAGCUUGUAUAAUGUUAAUGAAUGUCUGUGUCCUGUGACUUCCGUAAAUGGCUAGUUGAUAUUCAUAAACGUAUUUCUGCAUUUUGAGGGUUGGGGGUAAAAACACUAAACUGUAAUUUGAGAAAGGCAUAUUGCUUCAGAUUUUCACUCUGUGGGAAAGUACUGUUGUAAUGGAAAUCUUGGCAACUCACUGUAACGAGCAGUCAACAGAUUAUCAAAACCAACUUGUACAGACUAAUAAACCUUUUCCACAGCAUUCAGUUUUCUAACCUCUUGCUAUUGUAUAUUGUAGAUUUUUUUUCAUUCGUAUGUUAUUUAAUUUACACUGAUCUCUGCUCUUUUAAACCCCCAGAUAAGUAAUUUGUCCUUUCAGGCAGAUCACUCUUAAUACCCAUCAGUAAGAUUAAUAAGAAAUACUCAUUUCUGGGCAGUUUGUUCUCUGUAUACAAUUGCAAAUGAUAAACAUUUUUGUGAGUCACCUUUGCAAUACGUGUGAUAAUUGAGUUACUUCAAGUUGGGUUCUUUCUGAAAUGUACAUCUUCAUAUGAGAAAACCUCACAUUCUACAUGCUUCACACUUGUUAGACUAUGUUACAUGUGAUUAAAGGUUUAAUACAUUAUGUAUGUUUAACUGUUAAACAUAUAUACUUUAAUGUUGGAGAAAGAUAGCUAACACAUGUACUUACGAUUUGUUGUUACAUUAAAACUGUAGAUUUGUAUAUUUAUGUACACAUUUGUGUAGUUUCUAUAUUGACAAGACAUUUCUGUUUAUUGCUCUUUGCUCCUUGAGUUAUAUAAUAAUCUUUCUGUGCAUUGGAUUGUCUUGAUUUGAUCAGAAUUUGGAUACAUAUGAGUCAUUUAACUUUUAAAAACCAAUUUUGUUUGAUAGAUUUAUAUUGUAACUUUUUACAGUUUUUGAAUAAAUAUAGCCUGCUUUCCCUAGA